UGUUUUUUUUAAGCAAAAAAAGAAAAAUAAUAAAUAAAAAACACACCCACAAAAUAAAAAAUAAAAGAAAAAGAGUUGCAAGAAAUUCCCUUUAAAAAAUCGAGCGGGUGUUCGUCUGAACUCUAUUGCCGCAUCGGCCAGGGAGAGUGUGAUAUCUGCAUCCGAAUCUACCGUUGUGUCCGAGAAGAGAGAUAUGGAUCUUGAUUCUCUCUUCAACGCCUCAAUUCCUUCUUGGACUUCUGUUGCUAUUCUACUGUCGUUCUUCACUUACUUGGGGUUUGCUGGAUCUAUUCUACCUGGAAAGAUUGUUGCUGGUGUCAAAUUAUCAGAUGGCACUCAACUUCAUUACCGUUGCAAUGGUUUAUUUUCACUUCUUUUGUUGGUUGCCCUACUUGGAAUAGGGGUUUGGAUGGAUUUAAUUUCACCUAUGGCGAUCUCAGACAGAGGACUUGAGCUAUUGUCAACAACUUUUAUAUUCAGUUUUCUUGUGACGCUAGUGCUUUAUCUGGCUGGUCGCCAGUCCCGUGAUCAGGGUUCAUCCCUGAAGCCUCAUAUCACGGGAAAUAUAAUUCAUGACUGGUGGUUUGGAAUUCAGCUGAAUCCUCAAUUUAUGGGCACGGACCUCAAAUUUUUCUUUGUUAGAGCUGGAAUGAUGGGAUGGCUGCUGAUCAAUCUUUCAGUUCUGGCUAAAAGUAUUCAAGAUGCCAACUUGAGCAGAUCGAUGAUUCUCUACCAGCUAUUCUGUUUGCUUUACAUCUUGGAUUACUUCUUUUAUGAAGAGUACAUGACCUCCACCUGGGAUAUAAUUGCAGAGAGAUUGGGCUUCAUGCUGGUGUUUGGUGAUCUAGUGUGGAUUCCUUUCACCUUUAGUAUCCAGGGUUGGUGGCUGUUGUAUAACAAGGCGGAGUUAAGAACAGCUGCUGUUAUUGCAAAUUGCUUCGUUUUUCUGAUUGGGUAUCGGGUAUUCAGAGGAGCUAACAAGCAGAAGCAUGUAUUCAAAAAGAAUCCAAAAGCACUAAUAUGGGGCAGGCCUCCAAAAGUUAUUGGAGGGAAGUUGCUUGCUUCUGGUUACUGGGGAGUUGCAAGACACUGUAAUUACCUAGGCGAUCUGCUUGUGGCGCUGUCCUUUAGUUUACCUUGCGGAAUCAGUUCCCCUGUUCCAUACUUCUAUCCAAUAUAUCUUUUUAUUCUGCUAAUAUGGAGAGAGAGAAGAGAUGAAGCUCGUUGCGCAGAGAAGUAUAAAGAAGUCUGGGCAGAAUACUGCAAUCUUGUUCCAUGGAGGAUACUGCCAUAUGUCUAUUAACAACAAGGUUCAGCAUUCAUUAAGUGCAACCCAUUGUUGGACUAUUGCUAAACUUAUUUCCAUGACGAUCGCGGCUUGUGUAUGAGCCUUAUAUGUAACUUGAGCGUGGUGAUUUUUCUUUGUCGACUAUUAUGUAUGUAUAUUCUUCUUAAGGGUUUUAUUGAAUUUGUAAGAAAAUUUUGUGAAACCUUCAGAGGAAGUGAUCAAUUAUUUAAUUAGGUUGUCUUAA